ACCGUCGCUCUCAUUCUGACGUCAUCCUAAACUACAAUUCCCAGCAUUCCCCCGCUGCGCUCCGAUUGGCCGAAGACGCGCGAGGGUUUACGUGGCACUGCGGCGGACGCGCAGACUCCGUGUGAGCUCGGCGGUUCCGGCAGGAAGACGGUUCGGUCCGGAUCAGCAUGCAGCCGUGCGUGUUGACGCUCCUGCUGCUCGCGCUCCUGAGCGGCCGCGUGCCCGCGCUCUACUUCCACAUCGGGGAGCUGGAGAAGAAAUGUUUCAUCGAGGAGAUCCCGGACGAGACCAUGAUCAUCGGAAACUACCGGACCCAGCUGUACGACCGGCAGCGGGAGGAGUACCUGCCGGCCAGCCCGGGUCUGGGCAUGUUCGUGGAGGUCAAGGACCCUGACGAGAAGGUGAUCCUGUCUCGGCAGUACGGCUCGGAGGGACGCUUCACCUUCACGUCGCACACGCCCGGCGAGCACCAGAUCUGCCUGCACUCCAACUCCUCCAAGUUCUCCCUGUUCGUGGGAGGGAUGCUGAGAGUUCACCUGGACAUCCAGGUGGGCGAGCACGCCAACAACUACGCCGAGAUCGCCGCCAAGGACAAGCUGACGGAGCUGCAGCUGAGGGUCCGGCAGCUGGUGGAGCAGGUGGACCAGAUCCAGAAGGAGCAGAACUACCAGAGGUACCGUGAGGAGCGUUUCCGGCAGACCAGCGAGAGCACCAACCAGCGCGUCCUGUGGUGGUCCAUCGUGCAGACCCUCAUCCUGGUGGCCAUCGGCAUCUGGCAGAUGAGACACCUGAAGAGCUUCUUCGAGGCUAAGAAGCUGGUGUAGGCGUGGACGCUGGGACGCUCCGUCUGAGGAGCUUCUGCAGACGGACGGGACGCUGGCGCCCAGCGGAAGUCCGCCGGCGUGUUACUGAGCUCAGAGAUUACGGCGAGCCGACCGACCGGGUUUACAGAAGCACAAAAACUCUACGUUCUUCUGCAGAAACCAUCACAGCUGUGGUUCCUGCAGAGGAAAACUUUGAUUUGGUAAAUCUUUUUGGGUUCUGGACUUUAUUUUUGUGAAGAUGGAUGUCGGCUGCAGCAGAUUAAAGUUUAUUUCUAUCAAACGACGUUCUGAAAUGGUUUUAUUGGAGUCCAGAGGAGUCUGAGGAUUCCGUUUGUUUUCUUCUGCUGAAGGCUUCUGGGCGGUGAAGGUUUGGUUCUGUUUGUCUGAAGGCUCGUCAGACUGCACUGAAAAUGCUCCCAAUAAAGUUUGGAUGUUUUGAAUGUU